AUGCAAUGCACCAAUGUUACAAACUCAAGUGUUGGUGGUGAUGAAGGCAAAGUUGAUGGUUGUGGUGGUGGGGAUGGUAGUUGUGGAGGUGGUGGUGGUGGUGGUGGUGGUAGUGGCAACAUGGUGAUAGUGGUGGAUGUGGAGGUUUUGGAGGAGGUGGUGAUGGUGAUGGUGGUGGUGGUGGUGGUGUUGGCGGAGGAUGAGAAGGAGGAGGAUGUGGUGGUUGUGGUGGUGGUGGUGGCGGUGGUUGUGGAGGUAGUAAAUGUGGUGGUGGAGUUGGAUGUAAAAGUGGAGGUGGUGUCAUUUUUUAAAAAUGAAUGA